UGGGAAGGUCGGUUUGCUUGCAAAUGAUGGAAUAAUAAAAAUAAUAGAUAAGAUGUUCUUAUUUGUGUGGAUUUGUGGAGAAAAAAAUGUAUAAUUAAAAAGAAUGUGCGCGCGUUUUUUAAGUGGGAGUGUGCGAAAUAUAUAUAAAAAAAAGCGUAUAAAUAACCUCGUAACCAGAAGGAAGUAAUUUAAAAGUUUGUUGUUUUUUUUUUGUCGUGAAGUUAAAAAUACAAUGAGUAAACUAAUAACGGAGAUCCGACCUCAAACGAGGGAGAUCAUCGAGAAACAUUUGGAAGGUCUUUCGUACAGUGAAAUUGAGAUAGAUGUUGAGAAGGGGAGCGCCAAAGGGGAUAACUAUUUGGGGAUAAUAACGAAAGCGACUGUGAAGGCAAAGAGCAAGGAGGGUGUGAAACGCACUUUCCAUUGGAUUAUCAAGAACGCUUCGGAUAACGAAGAAUUUCGCCUUCUGAUGCACAUCAAGAAUCUGUUCACCAGAGAGAUAUACAUUUAUCAGAGUGUUUUCCCCGAGUUCUUUAAGCUGCAAGAUGAAUUGAACAUUAAGGAUCGGUUCGAGAAUGUCCCGCACGUGCACACCAUCUUCGACGGGGUACCGGAGACGAUCAUCAUGGAGGAUUUGAAGGAGCAGGGUUACGUAAUGCUGAACAGACGCAAACCUCUGGAUUAUGAUCACUGCAUGAUGGCGCUUAAAGAGUACGCCAAGUUUCAUGCGCUCUCCUUCGCUUUGAAGCAUAAAAGACCCGGCGUUUUCAAGCAGUUAUCUGAUAAUUUACAUGAGAACUUCUUCUCGGUCAUGGGCGUCGAAGGGAUGAACAUCAACAUGGCCAAUUUAAACGAUAAGGUCUUCAAGGCGAUGAAACCGGAGGACGAAGAGGCGCUCGAUAAAUUCAAGAAGUACUCGGAGAACGCGUUCGGUAUGGCCGUCGAUCAGAUCCAGGCGGAAUCUGCAGGAGAAUACGCCGUGGUCACGCACGGCGACAGCUGGGUGAACAACAUCCUCUAUAAAUACGACGAUAAGAGUCAACCGGAGGUGCCCACGAGUCUCUCCAUCAUAGAUUUCCAGAUGUCCAGGCUCGGCUCUCCGGCUUUGGAUCUGAUCUACUUCAUAUUCACGUGCACAUCGAAGGAACUGCGCGAUUCGCAUCUGCAGGAAAUGCUGCAGGUCUACCACAAAUCUUUGACUGAUUUCCUCAGACAGUUCUCGCUGGACACGGAGAAGGUCUAUCCCUACUCGAUCCUUCAAGAUCACAUGCGUCAGUUUUCUGCUUACGGAUUGAUGAUGACCAUAAUGGUCACGCAUCUGAUGAUGAGCGAAGGCGACGAGACGCCGGAUCUCGAGAACGCCGAUCUCACCGAUCACGCGGGAUUCGAAUCUUCUUUUAUCUACGAAUCCAAGAACGAGGCGCUCUUCGGCGAAAGGAUACGUGACGUCGUCAUCGAUAUGGCAGCACAAAACUAUAUUUAAUGUGGUUGAGGAAUUUGAAACCAACGCAGAGUGUAGGACUUCUACAAUUAUAGAUGAUUCUCCUGAGGAUGUCUAAACUUUAACAUAAUUAUUUUUUUUUUAUAAUAAUGUUACAUAACUUACUAUAUUUUAAUAAUAUAUUUAAAUCAUUCAUCACGUUAGAGUAUAAGUUAGA